AUGGCAGGAACCUCCAAAGAAAAUGGUGGCCGCAACCCUUUGUACAAGGGAGUGAGACAACGAAAGAACUCAGACAAAUGGGUGUCCGAGAUACGUGAACCGAGGACACCUAACCGUAUCUGGUUAGGAACAUUCUCGACCCCGGAGAUGGCGGCAAUAGCCUAUGAUGUGGCUGCUCUAGCACUCAAAGGAACUCAAACUGAACUAAACUUUCCAAACUCAGCGUCCUCUUUCCCUGUCCCAGCAUCCAUGUCUCCAGGAGACAUCCAAGCCGCAGCCGCUUCAGCCGCCGCUGCUUUUGGUGCUGCUAGGGAUGCGAUUGAAAUGGCCAACAACAACAGUGUGGAACGGAGUAACGUGAUGAUGAUGAAUGGUAGUUGUAAUGAGAAUGCAUAUGGAUUCAUGGACGAGGAUUUGAUAUUCGACAUGCCUAAUAUGCUCAUGAACAUGGCUGACGGAAUGCUUCUCAGCCCACCACAUCAACCCACCUUUGAUGCUGCUUCUGAUGCUUAUGGUUAUGCAGGAGCAGACGAUUACUUGUGGAGUUUUCCUAGAUAA